AAGAAAAGGAAAAUAUUAACAAAAAAAAAAAUAAAUAAACAAAAGUAUUCUUGGUUGGAUAUCAGACAAAGGUAGAAUACAUAUUCAUAUUUUCAUGUAGCCCAAAAAUAAAACUAAAAAAUAAAUAAAUAAAUAAAGCAAACAGAGAGAAAUAAAUAAAUAAAUCUUACUAGUUGUACCUGAUACUGAUACAGAAGAGAGCCUCUGAAGGAGGAGAAGAAGAAGUUGUAGGAGUAACUGUAUAAGUAGUUUCUCUCUCCUAUUCCAUAUGCCCACCGAAGAAAACAAUCAUCAUGAAACUCCCUCUGCACCCAGCACUCGGGAAAAGUAUUUUUCUCCCUCAUCAAAACCUUCCUUCCCUUAAAUUUACCUCUAUUAACUCAUCUUCUCUCUCAGUAGUACUAUCCUUUACCACUGCAAUUCCAUAGCCAUGAAACUUUCUUUACCUUAUUUCUUUCUCACUACCUUCUCUUACUUCUUUUUUCUGCAAAUAUCAAUAGUGUUUUCUUCAUCACCGUCUCCUAAUACCACUUCUCAUGAUCAUCAUCAGCUUCCGUUACAGGUCAUUGCCCUCCUUUCUCUAAAAUCAUCUCUUAAUAAAGAAACUCAAUCAAACUCUUUCCAAGAUUGGGACCCUUCUCCAAUCCUCUCCAAGCAGCCUAAUUUAGAAGACCCUCUUUGGUGUUCUUGGUCAGGAAUCAAAUGCCAUGACAAGACACCAAGAAUUACAAGUCUCGACCUCUCUCACCAAAAUCUUACUGGCACAAUACCUUCUGAAAUCCGUUACUUAUCGAGCUUAACCCACUUGAACUUGAGUCGAAACAGCUUCAGUGGACCUCUUCAAACGGCCAUUUUUGAAUUAACUGAGCUCAGAGUCCUUGACAUCAGCCAUAACAACUUUAACUCAACUUUCCCACCUGGGAUUUCCAAGCUCAACUUCUUGCGACUCUUUGACGCUUACAGCAACAGCUUUACUGGACCCUUACCUCAAGACAUUGUCAAGCUUAGGUACCUCGAACAGCUCAACUUCAGUGGAAGUUACUUCAAUGGCAGCAUUCCGAAGUCUUAUGGGAGUUUCCCAAGAUUAAAGUAUCUGCUUCUAGCUGGGAAUUUGUUGACAGGUUCCAUACCACCUCAACUGGGCUUCUUAUCGCAGCUUGAGCACUUGGAGAUAGGCUACAACCAGUUCUCAAAUGGGCUUCCAUCAGAACUCGGAUUGUUAUCAAAUCUCAAGUACAUUGAUAUUUCAAAUAAUACAUACAUUUCUGGGCCAAUCGCUCCUCAACUCGGCAACUUAACGAAGCUGGAAACGAUGUUAAUGUUCGGGAACAACCUUUCGGGAGAAAUCCCAGCAAGUUUUGGUAACUUAAAAGCCAUGAAGAUUCUCGAUUUGUCGUUUAAUAAACUGUCAGGGAGUAUACCAGCAGAGUUAUCUAAGCUAAAAGAGCUAACGAUCUUGUCGUUAAGCACUAAUAAGUUAAGUGGUGAAAUUCCAGAAGGAAUCGGUGAGUUCCCAAACUUGGACACUUUAAUUAUAUGGAAUAAUUCCUUAACUGGGAAAAUCCCACAAAAGCUCGGUUUAAGCGCUAAGCUAACGAAGGUCGAUUUAUCCACCAACUCACUCGAGGGACCAAUACCAUCAAACAUCUGCAAUGGUAACAAGCUCGUCAAACUCAUCCUCUUCUCCAACAGGUUAGUCAACUCGCUCCCUGACUCACUGGGGAAUUGCACUUCCUUAAAUCGGCUCAGAGCCCAGAACAACAACCUCACCGGUUCUAUUCCUUACGGGCUUUUGUCUUUGCCCAAUAUAAGCUUCGUCGAUUUGAGUAACAACAGCCUUUUCGGUCCCAUACCUGAAGAACUUGGCAAUGCGGAGGGAAUCGAACACUUAAACGUCUCCCAAAACCCUUUGAACUCAACUCUCCCUGAUAACAUUUGGAAUUCAACUAAUUUGAAGAUUUUUUCUGCUAUUUCGUCCAAGCUCCUAGGCAAAAUACCAGAAUUUGUUGGUUGUAGAAGUAUGAUGAAGAUCGAAUUGCAAGAUAAUAUGUUCCAAGGUAAUAUCCCUUGGGACAUUGGUCACUGCGAGAAGCUACUUUCCUUGAAUCUCAGCCUCAAUUCCAUCACCGGUAUAAUUCCCUGGGAGAUUUCCACACUCCCUUCCAUCACAAACGUCGAUCUCUCUCACAACAAUCUCACUGGAACGAUUCCUUCCGAUUUUGGAAAUUGUAGCACCUUGUCCACCUUCAAUGUCGCUUUCAACUCGUUAACCGGUCCAAUUCCGACGUCCGGAGUCCUGUUCCCGAACCUCCAUCCGUCGUCGUUUUCCGGCAACGAAGGACUUUGCGGCGGAGUUUUACCCAAGCCUUGCGCUGCAGACGACACUCUCGGCGCCAGCGCCGUCGAGGUCAAUCAGCAGCGACCGAAGCGGACCGCCGGCGCUAUCGUCUGGAUAAUGGCGGCGGCGUUCGGGAUCGGACUGUUCGUCCUCGUUGCCGGAACCAGGUGUUUCCGCGCUAACUACAGCCGUCGAUUCAACGACGACCGUCAAAUCGGACCGUGGAAACUGACGGCAUUUCAGCGAUUGAACUUCACCGCCGAUGACGUACUGGAGUGUUUGUCGAUGAGUAACAAGAUUCUUGGGAUGGGGUCCACUGGAACAGUAUACAAAGCAGAGAUGCCAGGUGGCGAAAUCAUAGCCGUUAAGAAACUGUGGGGUAAGCAAAAGGAGAACAUCAGACGGCGUAGAGGGGUACUUGCUGAGGUGGAGGUAUUGGGAAACGUGAGGCAUAGGAAUAUAGUGAGAUUGUUAGGGUGUUGCAGUAACAGGGAGUGUACCAUGUUGCUCUACGAGUACAUGCCUAAUGGUAACUUAGACGAUUUGUUGCAUGGGAAGAACAAGGCUCAAAAUUUGAUAGCCGAUUGGGUCACGCGUUACAAAAUCGCCUUGGGUGUGGCUCAGGGGAUUUGCUAUCUUCACCAUGACUGUGAUCCAGUCAUUGUGCACCGCGAUCUCAAGCCCAGUAACAUCUUGUUGGACGGUGAGAUGGAGGCCAGGGUCGCAGAUUUCGGUGUGGCUAAGCUCAUCCAGACCGACGAGUCCAUGUCUGUUAUCGCCGGUUCUUAUGGCUACAUUGCGCCAGAGUACGCUUACACUUUACAAGUGGACGAGAAGAGUGACAUAUACAGCUACGGCGUCGUUUUGAUGGAGAUACUAAGCGGGAAAAGAUCAGUAGACGCAGAGUUUGGUGACGGGAACAGCAUUGUGGAUUGGAUGAGAACAAAGAUUAAGACUAAAGAUGGGAUAAGAGAUGUGUUGGACAAGAAUGCUGGGGCGGCGUGUUCGCCUGUGAGGGAAGAGAUGAUGCAAAUGCUGAGAAUUGCGCUGCUGUGCACCAGCCGCAGCCCCGCGGACCGGCCCUCGAUGAGGGAUGUGGUUUUGAUGCUGCAAGAGGCCAAGCCCAAGAGGAAAUUGCCGGAGCUCACCACAACUACAACUACUACUACUCAUCAUCAUCAUCAUGUAAUAUGCAUUGGUGGUGGUGGUGAUAGUGGGAGCGAUCAUGAUAGUAUUCCUUUGCCACAAAAACCACCCGCGGCCGAUUGUUAAUAUAUGAUUUUACUAAUUUUAUAUGAAAAUGGUUUUUUUUUCCUUUUUUGGGGCUUUUUUUUGUUAUUUUUCAUAUGUGGGGGGGAAUUGGUAUAGGAGAAGUGAUUUCUUAUUUUACUUUUCAAUGGAAGCUUAAUUAUCAGGUGUUCUAUUGUUUUGG